AUAAUUAAAAAAAAAACAACCAACACCGUAGUUAUCCCCAUUUGUCCCCGUUCAGCGUCUUGCAGCCCCAUCAGCCCUCUGUCCUACAAGACCAUGAGCUGUAGGAAUUCAGCAGACCGAGCAAAACUUUUUGCAUCUACUGAUGCUGUUGGACGUAGAAGAACACAUCUUGCAGGGACUGACAAAAAAGAAAAGGAGAGAGACCAUUUGUCAUCCAACUUCUCAGCCAACUUGAAAGGAGGUCAUUCUUCCAACCCCAAAGCUAGAUCUCCAGCUCCCUCUCCAGUUUGGCACGCAUCAAAGUCUUUGCCUUCUUUGGCUGGCACGCUCAAGCAGAUAACUUCCCCACCUGGUUCCUCCAAAGUUCCUUCUACUCAGGUACGUCCUCCUUCUCCUGGCAACAUCCGGCCUGUCAAAAAAGACUUCAAACCUGAGAAUGAAAAGAAAAGACCAGAAAAGGAGGCUGAAAAGGCCAGUGAGGAGAGGACAGAAGAGAGUAAAGAAACAUCAGCAGGUGCUGGAGAAUCUGCAAAUCAGGAAGAGCUUGCUGUCCGAGCAGAGGUUGCGCAAGCAGCCAGCCCACCCCUACCUUCUGCUCCCCCAGCACUUUCUCCACCCCCAGCCCCUGUGAAGACUUCUGCAGGUACAACAGAUCCUGAGGAAGCAACAAGGCUGCUGUCAGAGAAGAGGCGCCUCGCUCGUGAGCAGCGAGAACGAGAGGAGCAAGAAAGGAGGGAGAGAGAAGAGCUUGAAAGGCAAAAGAAGGAGGAGCUGUCCCAGAGGAUAGCUGAAGAAAGAGCUCGCCGAGAAGAAGAAGAAGCUCGCAGACAGGAAGCUGAAAGAAAACGAAAAGAUGCAGAGGAGGAGAGGGAAAAGGAAGAACGGCUGCGUCGACAGGCAGAAGAGAGAGAACAGAAGGAGAGAGAAGAGAUGGAGCGCAUUCAGAAACAAAAAGAAGAGGAAGCUCGCCUACGGGAAGAGGCAGAGAGGAUUCGAUUAGAACGUGAAAAGCAUUUCCAAAGAGAAGAACAAGAGCGCUUGGAAAGGAAGAAGAGACUUGAGGAGAUCAUGAAGAGAACUAGGCGUGUAGAACCUGUAUAUAAGAAACCCAAUGACCAGCAAAAUGGACAUAUAUCAAAGGCAAAUAGUUCUGGAGAAGCAGUCAUAACCAGUCCUACAUCUCCCAUGGAACCUUCAGGAGGACCUCAGCUUCAACAUGCAACACAAUCUCCAAACAGUGGGAAACCCGUAACCUGCACACACAUGAUUGUUUCACAUCAACCCCCCGUAACUAUGGACAGGUAAGAGGAUUGUUGAGUAUUAGAGGGUGUUUACAGGAUAAGAGUCACUAGAGUAAUAGAUGAUUUUCUCAGAUCCAUGUAUUCAUUAGCUAAAUAAGAGACACAGCUGUUUAAUCUGCCAUUUUUCCUGUUUAUUUUUAUCUUUUCCUGUGUUUAGAGAAGAAUUUUAACAUCUUUCACUUAGCAGUAACCCAUUUUUACAACUGAAGAAUUUUGUGAAAACAUAGUUCAUUCUUUGCAGUGUUUGAAAGAAUGUGUUGCCAGCAAUUAUUACAUAAAUUGAAACUUAAUUGAUAGGGCAAUUCUCUUUGCUUCUUUCCAUGAAUUUAGCUUCAUAAAAAACAGUCUGAAUUUGCAGGGUUAGUUUUCUUGACUGGAAUAGUGAACACUGUGCUUACAGCCUGGAUACUUUGGUUUGUGAAUUGCUUGAAGAAUCAGCAAGUUAUGAUUGCUAAACAAAAGAUACAGAUUUACUCAUUUUGACUCUGUAUUUUUAAAGGAGAGUUUGAGGAGGCAGAUAUUUAACAUUAGGAGCUCUCUGUAGUUGUGAGGCGAGUCACUCAGAUUUUGAGAAAUUAUAGAAAUGCUUGAAAGCUCUGUGCUGAACCAAGUGAAAUCUGUUACAUAAGCAUGAGCUGUCAGUUACUUCAAUGUUAGUAAGAAAAGCAGAAAGCCAAAUAAUCCCAUAGCCCUUUCAUGUUUUAUGCAGGUAAUGCCAGAAUAUGCAUGGAAAAACUUGAAUGUGGAAAGCCAUCUCGCAGUCUGUAAUGGGCAGUAGGCUUCAGGAUGUGAUUGGCACUAAUUGAAGGAGGAAUUUGCCCUUUCUGUCCCUCCAUAUGCCUGAGGGAUCUUAGCCUGCUGUCAUGCUGACAAAGAUGCUCCUGCUGAGAUAAGUUCUGUCAGUGACUCUGAGCACUGAACUGCAUUAGAUGAGCUGCAUAGAGCUGUCUCAUAAUUAUCUCAGGCAACAAUUAAUUGUUAAUCACUCCCAACCUUAGAUGCACCUUGAUGUUUGUAAUAUAAAAUGUGCCACACUAAUGAAUGCUGUCACGUAGCAUCAUGUUUGGUAUGGAAGGAGGAUCUGGAUAGCCGAAGUGAAGAGUGAGUAGGUAAGACUGAAGAGCAUGAACAAAAAUUCAAUGUGUGUAUGAGGCUGAGGAAGGAGAAAUUGAUGUGCUAGGAUGGAGUGGAGAGGGACUGUCUGCUUUAAAGGGACAUCCGCCCUGAAUGGGAAGGCAAGGGCUAAAUUACUUCAUAGAAUCGUGAUGUUAGCCCAAGCAGUUCAGCAGAUUGUUGGAAGGAAGACACGGAAGCACAGGUUUUAUCACAUGGUGAAAGCCACAGGUGCUUCCAUGGAAAGGUGCUUUCCAUUGCUUGUGUACCACAGGUAUCUAGCACCUAGAUGUAUCUUAAAUUGUAGCAUAUGCAAUAGUAAUAAAUAUAGAUGGUAUUCUCUGUGAGCAUCUCACUCCAGCCCUACAAAAGAUUUGGCUUUUAUCUGGAUGUUUUGAGGGUGAGAAAGCUCAGAUUUCCAGUCAGAGGUUGAAGUCCCCCUUUGCCUGGGGGACUUGUAGAAUAUGUGUGUAUGGGCAAGAGGAAGGAACAGAGGACUGAGUGCUAUUAAGGCCUAUAGCAACCAUCAUUCUCAUUGCACUUCCUACAGUGGUGUGCCAUAUGGGAAGUUGCAAGCCACAAUAACUGAAUUCUUUUCAUCCAAGUGUAGUGCAAUGGAAAAGGCAACACUAAAUAUACUUCUAAAUGAAGCAUGUCAUGGAAAUUUUCCUAUUAGAUAGUAAAGCAUCUCGAAUUACCAAGAAAACUGGUAGCUCAUGGAGAUACUACCUUAUUAAUGGCAUACACUUCUACACUGAACUCAUCUGUCACCUGGAGUUUUUUGUUUGUUCUCCACUUUCUAAUUCUUUGCCAAAGUUCCCAGUAGUGUUGUAUGCCUGAAAAGGGUAUAUAUGCAGUGUUGUGCUGGGCACGGAGACAUCACUAUAAGUGGAAUAUAAGACAAUAAACACAGGUGAAGUAGUCAAAAAUUGAUUCCUUUUUUGUGUUCUUUGCCUCAAUGACACAUAGAGGUCAUUUAGGGAAAGAGUGUAAACAGGGGAGGAAAAAAAAAAAAAGCUAAGUACCAGGAGACCCUCUAGUCAAUGCAGGGUUACCAUGUGUUGUGGUCCAAGUGCAACCCUAGGCUCAAAUAGUCCCAAAGCUGCUAAUUACCAAAAGCUGGAGGCUAUACCAAUCUCCUAGGAAUUUGUCUAAUCUGCUUUUGAGAUUAUGGCCGCUAAGAUGUCCAGUGGAAAUGAAUUCCACUGUUCAGUUUCUCCCUUUAUAUCUACUAAACAUGCUCCUUAAUGAUUUGCUGUAGUGCCAUCUACUUCUUAAAGCAUAAAAAGCAGAAAAUAUCUAGUUAUGAUUUUUCCCUGGCUUCCCCCCCACACUGUCCCCACUUUGUGGCUGUAUAGAUGCACAUCUUGAAAGAGAACUUUGAAUUCUGAAUCCUAGUAUAACUUGAUGUGUAAUACUGACAAUGCAGUGACCAAUAAUUAUGGAGAACUAUUUAUCAAGUUAGUGGGUCAAUCAGAAAAAUAAAUGUAACUUUGCAGAAACAAGAGGCUUCUCUUCAUUGUGUCAAUACUUCCAUAGGUAAAUGUACUGCCUAAUUUCAAUGCAGGAGCAAACCCCAUCUUCCCCCCUCUUUCCCGCUCCCUCCAUCGGAUUUUUUAAUGCUGUGUUCUUCUACCUCUGCUAAGGUUAUUGGCAGUAGAUGGGGAUGAGAUAAGUAAUGUGACACCUUAUAGCAAAUAAUAGCCUAGUAACUACACAUGAUGGAGCAGUUUUUAUUAGUCUUAAAGCAUUUCACAGAUUGUUACAGAGUGGAUCUCCAGCAGAAAAGUGUGAGUGAUGUGACAUGGGGUCUCUCCCAGGUAGAAAGCAGGGUCUCUGGGUCUGCUUUCAAAGCCAUGUGCAAUUAAACACUUUCCAUUUUGAAGUUUGCUUAGCACACUCACAGACUGAAAAAAA